CAUAAGCGGCCGCAGUCUCCUGUCUCGCUGUGGGUUCUGCUCUCCCGUGGCUGCAGGCAUGGCUGCUUCCUGCCUCUGCGUGAAUGUUUAUUCUGAGGAACGGGAAUUAAUGACUUUCACUGCCAACUUGGAUGACAGAGUGAAGAAGAUCAGUGAACAUGUUCGAUCUAAGACCAAGAUUUCCGUGCAGGACCAGGUCCUGCUGCUGGGCUCAAAGACCCUAAAUCCUCUUAGAAAGCUUUCGUCUUACGGCAUUGACAAGGAGACGACCAUCCACCUCACCCUGAAGGUAGUGAAGCCCAGUGAUGAGGAGCUGCCCAUGUUUCUGGUGGAGUCAAGUGAUGAGGGGCAGAGGCAUCUCCUCCAGGUGCGAAGAUCCAGUUCAGUGGCUCAGGUGAAAAAGAUGAUUGAAACCAAGACUGCUGUAGCCCCCAAGAAACAGAUUGUGACCUGCAAUGGGAAGAGACUAGAAGACGGGAAGAUCAUGGCAGACUAUGGCAUCAGAAAAGGCAAUUUGCUGUUUUUGACGAGCUACUGCAUUGGGGGGUGACUUUCCUGGGGAUGGGGUGAUAUUAGGAGCAAAAGAGCUUAUUUCCUUUUAGCUCUUACUCACCAACCACAUCCUUUGAUGAUUUCUCAUAAUUAGUGAGCUAGGUAGAAAGAGUAGAUUCGGAUGGGGCGUUAGACUGCAGAAUACUUUUAAACUCUGUGCUUCUUUGGUUCUAACAUAGUUAAGUGGCAGUAUUGUGUGUAUUACUGAGAACAGAAGAUACAUUUUUAAGGCCCAUUAGAGAGCAUUCAAAGCUAGCUUGCAACGUGAUACUUUCUUGGUUCCCUCCAAUUUAUAGAAAAACCCUGUUUCCUCUCCUGUCCAACAGCACAGCACGUCCCAGGCUGGAUCACGUUGCUCCCCAUUUCCUAGUUUCCACCUCUGUGUGAGCUGAGCCAGUGCUGCUUCGUCAGUCAUAUGACCAGAUAGUUGUUGUCAAUACUCAGAUCUGAUAAAAUAGGUUUCAAAAUGAAGGCCAUAACUAGAGACAAAGGAGGCCACUACAUAACAUUGAAAGGAUCUAUCCAACAGGAAGAUAUAACCUUGGUAAACAUAUAUUAACCCAAUAUAGGAGCACCAAAAUAUACUAGAUAGUUGUUGAACCUGUCGAAUUUCUACUUAUA